UAGAUAUAAAUCCUCUCCUAAGAGGGGCCUGUCCCGAUGCUUCUCUCCCUUCAACGCUGCUGCUGCUGCUCGCUGCUCGCUGCUUGAUGAUGGCGGCCAGGAUUUUAGAAAAUAGCAGCACAAUUAUUCCUCGGCUUCUUUCCUCCCCGUGCCUUUGCGUGUGUGCGAGUGUGUGUGCGUGCGUGUGUGCGUGUCUGGGCGCGCGAGUUCUAGCGCCGUGCGAGCGGGCGGGCGGCGAGUGCGUGUGAGUGGUGUGUGUGUGCGCGUGCAAUUGUUACACGCUUCGCCUCGCUCCAGCUUUCCCCCGAGCAGCGCGGUCCCCCGGUUCUCCCGCCGCCGCCGCCGCCGCCGCUGCCGCGCUCCGCCGCCGCCGCCGCUGCUCCCGCGGCUCGGGGCGGGCACCGGCCGCGUAGGAGCCGCCGCCGCCGGGGCCGCCGCCGGGGCCGCGCUGCUGCAGCCGCUGCGCCGCCGCCCAGACUAGCCGGGGCUGCUUGUUUUGUCUCUGAAAUUGACAAGGACGCGGGGAAUCAGCUGCUAAAUAAUGUUUCUGUACGAUGAGCUGCCCCAUUACGGCGGGAUGGACGGAGUAGGGGUGCCGGCUUCCAUGUACGGAGACCCUCACGCGCCGCGGCCGAUCCCCCCAGUUCACCACCUGAACCACGGGCCGCCGCUCCACGCCACGCAGCACUACGGCGCGCACGCCCCGCACCCCAAUGUCAUGCCGGCCAGCAUGGGAUCCGCUGUCAACGACGCCUUGAAGCGGGACAAGGACGCGAUCUAUGGGCACCCGUUGUUUCCUCUGUUAGCUCUGGUCUUUGAGAAGUGCGAGCUGGCGACCUGCACUCCCCGGGAACCCGGAGUGGCUGGCGGAGACGUCUGCUCCUCCGACUCCUUCAACGAGGACAUCGCGGUCUUCGCCAAGCAGGUUCGCGCCGAAAAGCCACUUUUUUCCUCAAACCCAGAGCUGGACAAUUUGAUGAUACAGGCAAUACAAGUACUAAGGUUUCACCUUUUGGAGUUGGAAAAGGUCCACGAACUGUGCGAUAACUUCUGCCACCGGUACAUUAGCUGUUUGAAGGGGAAAAUGCCCAUCGACCUCGUCAUUGAUGAAAGAGACGGCAGCUCCAAGUCAGAUCACGAAGAACUUUCAGGCUCCUCCACAAAUCUCGCUGACCAUAAUCCUGCAUCUUGGCGAGAUCACGAUGACGCAACCUCCACCCACUCAGCAGGCACCCCAGGGCCCUCCAGCGGGGGUCAUGCUUCCCAGAGUGGAGACAACAGCAGUGAGCAAGGGGAUGGUCUGGACAACAGCGUGGCUUCACCUGGCACAGGUGACGAUGAUGACCCAGACAAGGACAAAAAACGCCAGAAGAAAAGAGGCAUUUUCCCCAAAGUAGCAACCAAUAUCAUGAGAGCGUGGCUCUUCCAGCAUCUCACACAUCCGUACCCUUCCGAAGAGCAGAAGAAACAGUUAGCGCAAGACACGGGACUUACAAUUCUCCAAGUAAACAACUGGUUUAUUAAUGCCAGAAGAAGAAUAGUACAGCCAAUGAUCGACCAGUCAAAUCGAGCAGGUUUUCUUCUUGAUCCUUCAGUGAGCCAAGGAGCAGCGUAUAGCCCAGAAGGCCAGCCCAUGGGGAGCUUUGUGUUGGAUGGUCAGCAACACAUGGGGAUCCGGCCUGCAGGUUUGCACAGCAUGCCAGGGGACUACGUUUCUCAGGGUGGUCCUAUGGGAAUGAGUAUGGCACAGCCAAGUUACACUCCUCCCCAAAUGACCCCACACCCUACUCAAUUAAGACAUGGACCCCCAAUGCAUUCAUAUCUGCCAAGCCAUCCCCACCACCCUGCCAUGAUGAUGCACGGAGGACCCCCUACCCACCCUGGAAUGACUAUGUCAGCACAGAGUCCCACAAUGUUAAAUUCUGUAGAUCCCAGUGUUGGCGGACAGGUUAUGGACAUUCAUGCCCAAUAGUAUAAGGGAACUCAAGGGAAAAGGAAACACACGCAAAAACUAUUUUAAGACUUUCUGAACUUUGACCAGAUGUUGACACUUAAUAUGAAAUUCCAGACAGCUGUGAUUAUUUUUUACUUUUGUCAUUUUUCAUCAAGCAACAGAGGACCAACGAGACAAGAACACAAAUGUGAAAUCAUGGGCUCACUGAGACAAUUCUGUCCAUGUAAAGAUCCUCUGGAAAAAAGACUCCGAGAGUUAUAACUACUGUAGUAUAAACAUAGGAACUAAGUUAAACUUGUACAUUUCUGUUGAUCACUCCGUUACGUUGCCUCAAAUAGUUUUAGAAGAGAAAAAUAAAUAUAUCCUUGUUUUCCACACUAUGUGUGUUGUUCCCAGAAGAAUGACUGUUUUUGGUUCAUCGGUGAAUUCACUAUCCAAGAGAGACUGUGGUAUAUUUUAAACCUGUUGGGCCAAUGAGCAAAGCACCACGCUGAGACCACGGUGAACGUGUGGCUGCACCUCAUCCCUCGGACUCCAGCUUCAAGAAUGUGUUUUCAUGCCCAGCCUUUGUUUCUCCAGAAAUGUGUCCUUUAGUUUCCAACAGAUCUUUAUAGUUUGUGCUUCACAAGCCAAUUCUUCUUAUUAUUUUGGGGGGACUCUUCUUCAAAGAGCUUGCCCAUGAAGAUUUAAAGACAAAGCAGAAGCUUCUUCCAGGAGUUCUAAGCCUUGGCUGUGGACAAAACAAUCUUAAGUUGGGCAGCUUUCCUCAACAGAAAAAGUUAAUGGUCGUAGCACCACAACUAGGACUUGAUUGGAAACUCAGAGCUUGGGGGAUAAAAAAGGAGCAAGAGAAUACUGUAACAAACUUCGUACAGAGUUCGGUCUAUUAAUUGUUUCAUGUUAGAUAUUCUAUGUGUUUACCUCAAUUGAAAAAAAAAAGAAUGUUUUUGCUAGUAUCAGAUCUGCUGUGGAAUUGGUAUUGUAUGUCCAUGAAUUCUUCUUUUCUCAGCACGUGUUCCUCACUAGAAGAAAAUGCUGUUACCUUUAAGCUUUGUCAAAUUUACAUUAAAAUACUUGUAUGAGGACUGUGACGUUAUGUUAAAAAAAAAAAAGGUGUUAAGUCACAAAAUGCGGUAAUAAAUAUUUCAUUUUUGA